AUGGGGAAUGGAAAUGCGAAACAAUCCAAUAGUCUGGUAUAGUUUCGCGGCAUUUUUUGUAGCGUCAAAUACGGCAAUGGCGUUUUGAGUUUUGACUAGCGCAUUAAUUAUGCUCUCUGAUCGAACCAAACCGUCACCCAUUUCCGCGGCCCCUUCAUCUUCUCGCCAAUCUUAGGGUUUACCGUCUCAGUUUCCAGAUGAUACUUACACUGAUAAUGGGUGUUGAUUGAGCUUUUGAAGUUUGAAGUUCCUUGGAAUACGAAAUACUUGGGUUUAGGACUUUAGGUUAUAGAAUUGAUACUCUGGUAAGCAAACUUUCUGUUUUUGGAUGAGUAGAAGUUUUGGUUUUCCCCAGGAAAUCAGGGGAGAAUUGAUAAGUUGAAUUGAACCAACUUGGGGGAUAUUGUUUCGGGAUGAACGUCGUCAAAGCGAUGAAGUUCUGGAAAGCACGCAAAUCAAAUCAAGGGAAGGGUGCAAGGGAAGAGCUUAAGAAUGAGAGUAGUAGGGAAUUGGUUAAAUCAGCCUGCGCAGAUUUUGACAGUACCGAAGUGGAUGAUGACAAUGAAUUUAUCAACAAUGAACUGAGGGGCGGACUGAAGGAACAUAGAAGAAACAACUCCAUGAUGCCGAUUCCCAUGGAGAUGUCUCCAGAGGACGGGGUUGAAAAGAAUGGCAAUUAUGAAGUACAAGAAGAGGGGGAGGAAAACAUUAAUGAAUUGGGGGAUUUAGAAGCUGGGAAGCUAUUCUGUGCUAGAUUUGAUGCUGUAUACGACAAAUACUGUGAACGGAUGCUGUGCUUUGAUCAUCUACAAGUCCAACAACUGCGCGAAUUGGGUUCUUACUUUCCUUCAACUCCAUCUCCAUCUCCAUCUCGAAAAUCUACAUAUAAGAAGCUUGUGUCUACCUUUCACUAUCUUUCUUUGAAGAAAAUUGAUGAACCUCAAGAUGAAACUGAACACUUGCACCGCCCAGGAUCCGAUCCUUACCAGGAUCUUGAAACAGCUUAUGUAGCUCAAGUUUGCUUGACAUGGGAGAUAAUUCACUGCCAAUAUACACAAUUGAUCCAGAAAAUAUCUUCCCAACCUGAAAGUUCCACCACCUACAACCACUGCUCUCAGCAGUUUCAGCAGUUCCAGGUUCUGUUACAAAGAUUUAUUGAAAAUGAGCCAUACGAGCAAGGUUUGAGGCCAGAAAUUUAUGCUCGUAUGAGGAGUUCCUUGCCCAUACUUCAAGUCCCCAAAAUACAAGGUUCCAUUAAGAGAAAGAUGGAAGAGGAGUUGGUAGUUCUAGCCCCCGAUCUAAUUAAAAUAAUUGAAGGCUCAAUCUCGACCUUUCAUCUAUUUCUGAAUGUGGAAAAGAAAAAAUCAGGUGGUGCCAGUAAUCUUGUAGGAGUUGAGAACAGGACAUCCACACCAUUGGAACAUAUUCAAUCUUCUCUUGAGAAAAAAGCGAUUAAACUGAAGUAUCAGUGGAAGAAAAAAAAGAACUGGAAAAAGAAGUCCCGGACUUGCACACCAGCAGGUGCAGACUUAUUGCUUGGGCUAGUGGAUGUCGAAGUCAUGGAAAGGGUUUUAAGAAUGGAUAAAAUUACCAAGGAGCAGUUAUUCUGGUGUGAAGAGAAGAUGAAAAAACUAGAUCUAUCGAGGGGCAAGUUGCAGAGGGAUCCCUCUCCCCUCUUGUUUCCUUGUUAGCUCCUCCUAACAAAGGUGGAUUAGGUAUACAGUUCUUUUUACCUCUUAUGGGUUACUUUUCAAAGUUAAAAUCAUAUUCUUAUUGAAAAGGCUACAUCUACUCCCAGCUUCUACUUCCACACUCAUAUUGUUGAUAUAAACACUCUUAGUAGGACCCACAUGAUGAAAAUGUCUAAUCGUAACUUGCCAUGUAAGGGAGUAAAAAGUGAUGGAGUAGAAAUUUGGAGUAUGUGUAGUAGAACUCUAUUCUUAUAUAUCAAAGAAUCCUGAAUGAAAUGGUAAUCUGUGUCUUUUUGACCUUUUUUCA